AUUAUGCAUCUAAAUAAUCAUACUUUGUCAGUCAGUACACCAACCCUUCACCACCCUUACCGGCAUUGCACAACUUUCUCGUACAAUCAACUGGGUUGUUCCAACCUCCGUUUCUUCCAUGGUAUUAAUCAAUCCCACCUCUGCAGAAUAUCCACUGGGUUAACAAGAGAUCAAAUUAAGCUCAAACAAAAAUGGAAGAUGACACUGUACUUCUCUUCUCCAACUCCAAUUCCCCUGAUCAAGAAUCCGCCACUCAUUCUUCUUCUUCUUUUUCUUCUUCUUCUUCUUCUUCCUUCCGCCACUCCCCACGACAUUCAAAUAACCCUUCAAAACCAUCUUACGUGCUCACUGUUACAGGUCUCUCCUACACAAUUCACCCUCCUCCCACAUCAUUUUUUCAGUUGCCGCGCAAGCCUAAGCCUGUCAACGUUCUCAGAUCAGUCUCUUUCGUUGCCAGAAGCUCUGAAAUCUUGGCCGUUGUUGGCCCGAGUGGCACAGGAAAAUCAAGUCUUCUCAGGAUAAUCUCCGGCAGAGUAAAAGACAGCGAAUUCGAUGCCAGUGCUAUCUCCAUCAAUCGUCAUAAGGUGACAAGUCCUGCUCAUUUGAGAAAGAUAUGUGGAUUUGUAGCACAAGAAGAUGACUUACUUCCUUUGCUCACUGUGAAGGAAACUCUGAUGUAUGGUGCAAAGUUCAGGCUCAAAGAAAUCAGCUCAAAAGAGAAAGAAGAGAGAGUAGAGAGAUUGAUACAAGAGCUUGGCCUUACCCAUGUUGCUGAUAGCUUUGUUGGAGAUGAAGAGAACAGAGGCAUCUCAGGUGGAGAAAAGAAAAGGGUUUCCAUUGCCAUUGAUAUGAUUCAGGAACCUCCAUUGUUAGUCUUGGAUGAACCAACUUCAGGCCUUGACAGCACCUCUGCACUUCAGGUGAUUGAGCUAUUAGCUUCAAUGGCAAAAACAAAGCAAACAACUGUAGUGUUAUCUAUUCACCAACCAAGCUAUAGAAUUCUUGGUUAUAUCUCUGAAUUCUUGAUUCUGUCUGGCGGGUCAGUUGUCUUUAAUGGUAGCCUUGAGUUGCUUGAAGAAACUAUUUGUAAUCUGGGUUUUCAGAUUCCACAGCAACUGAAUGCACUAGAGUUCGCCAUGGAAAUUAUAGGCUCACUGGAUAAUUCAAAACCCCAAAAUCACAUCUCUAGCAUAAAAGAAGAAGAUUCCUCAUUGACUUGGCCAGAAGAAGGAUUCCAUGGACUACAACUUCAACGAGAAAAAGAACAGAGUAAUAUUAAUAAACACCUGGUGUGCAGUUCAUGGAUUUUAAGCCUAGUUGAGAUAAUAUUCCUCUGUUCAAGAUUUUGGAAGAUAAUUUACCGAACAAAGCAGCUUUUCCUGGCAAGAACGAUGCAAGCACUCGUCGGCGGCUUCGGGUUAGGAAGCGUUUACAUAAAAGUAAAGAAAGACGAAGCAGGAGUUGCAGAGAGAUUAGGUCUGUUCGCAUUCAGUCUCAGCUUCCUCCUCUCUUCCACAGUCGAAGCUCUACCAAUCUACCUCCAAGAGCGUCGUGUCUUAAUGAAAGAAGCCUCAAGAGGAGCCUACAGAAUAUCAUCUUACAUAAUCGCCAACACCCUCAUCUUCCUCCCCUUCCUCUUCGUCGUUGCCGUCCUCUUCGCCCUUCCAGUCUACUGGAUCGUCGGGCUCAACCCUUCAAUCUCCGCUUUCCUCUUUUUCACCUUCGUCGUCUGGCUCAUCGUGAUGAUGGCAAGCUCUGUUGUCCUCUUCUUGAGUGCAGUAUCUCCAGACUUCAUUUCUGGAAAUUCUCUUAUAUGCACAGUUCUCGGCGCCUUCUUCCUCUUCUCCGGCUACUUCAUCCCCAAGGAGAACAUACCCAAGCACUGGCUUUUCAUGUACUACGUCUCGCUUUACAGGUACCCAUUGGAGUGUUUGAUCACCAAUGAGUACUGGAGCUUGAAAGAUGAGUGCUUUUCAUGGCGGGAUUCGAGGUGUUUGCUGACGGGAAACGACGUUUUGAAGAGCAGAGGAUUAGACAGGGAUAAUAGGUGGAUGAAUGUUGGGAUCAUGUUUGGUUUCUUCGUGUUCUACCGGGUUCUCUGUUGGGUCAUUCUUGCUCGAAACGUUUCGAGAACAACAAUAUAACAGUACGGAAUUAUGUAUGUAGA